AUGAAUGUUUUUCCAUGCUGUAAAUUCCUCAACUGAAUUUUUCAUUCAUCUUAAUUAUCCUCAUGAACAUGUUAGCUCAUUUUGGACUGCUUGUUGUAUGGCUUAAGUGUGCAUGUCUGCUGCAAACUGCAUGCCCUUGUGUUGCUACAUUUGAAGCAUUUAUUGGAGUUCGAGAUGACAAAGCAACUGCUCAAGUUAAACUCUUUGGUGAUAAUUUGCAGGUUUUGGAAAAAAAUCUUCCAUUGGAUAAUGCUUACAAAUCAAAAGAUGUUAUUGCUGCUCCCAUUUACAAAUCAAAAGAUGUUAUUGCUGCUCACAUUCGUGUCAUCCAGCUUAUUUAUAAUGCAGGGGAUGUAAAGGGUCCUCAGACUGUUGCCUUCAAUUUACCAAAUGAUGAACGAAUUGUAAAGGACCGAGGGACAUCCAUGGUCAUGCUUAAGAAUGUCUCAGAGGCCAAGAACUGGAAGAACUACACUCGGCUUUGGAAGAAGCAAAAGCAGAUUAGUUGGUCUUUGGGCACUGAAGAUGUUUCCGCUCAGUAUGAUUUGGCUUGGAGGAAGCUCAUGGGUAAGCCCGCUAUUCAGCUGCCGUUGAUAAAUUAUGCUAUUAAUGCUGACUGUUCUCUAUUUACUUAUAUUGUCAGGAAAGGACAUGCCUUGCAGUUUAAUUGGUUAUUUGAGAAAAAAGCCUUCACCUUGCAUCCAGAUGAUACAUUUUCUGUUGAUUUUGAUAAGGUUGAAGAAGCGGUUGAAAGCUUGAGGAGGAAGAUACUAACGAUACAGCCACAGGGGGACAAGGAAGCUGCAAGCUUGCUUCUUCAGAAGCACUGUGUGAUUACAACUCCAUUAAAAGUUGCAUUGCAAAAAUUAGAAUGCACUCAGGUAUGUGCUGCGGUAUUCUUGCAUCUGCUGAUGCAUACGUAUACUCAUUUAGAACUAGUUUAAUCACUAUAAGAUGACUUAUUUAUAGGAAUUUUGUGUUGAGAAGGAAUUAAGCGGUUUUUCUAAAUAGAUAUGAGUUUGGGACAGAUGAAACUGUCUUGACUUAUAUAUGUAACAUUUUAAGUAAAUCAUUUCAUUUACU